CUAGGGAGGCGAUGGGAAGAAAGUGCUAAGCAACCCGAAACAUAAACCAAGUCUGCAAUUUCUCUGCACCGGUAAAUGUUUUCUGUUUUGUAUAUAUGUUUCUAGCGGAGCCCUGUAAAUUGACGAAGUAAAAGUUCUGCUUCGACGGGAGAUUUUUUGACAGACAGCCAGUCAAGCUAACGUUCGCUGGCUAGCUAGCACUACGUUAGUUCCCAGAUUUUUAGCUAGCGUUAACUAACGUUGUCGUUGCCUAACUAGUUAGCUAGUAACGUUAGAUAUCUAAGCAUAAAAUACCCUGCUUGUUGUUUUACGCUGCAUGCUUGGUAAAGCUGCGUAUCAUGAACUUGUUCAUUGGUAUUAUAGCUAGAUAGCUAGUCUGAAACGUUGUUGAUUCAUGUUAGCUAGGUAGACAUUACGUUACGUUAGCGAAAUCGCGUUGCAUUGUCAAAACUAGCUGUCAUGUUUUCCUUCUAGCUAACAUGCUAUGUAAAAGUGUUUAACUAGCGUGACAUUUCCGUUUGCAUAUUAGCUAGCUAGUUGCUGUUAAUUAAACUGUCAUGUCGAUCGAAGUCAACUAACCUAGCUAACUAUUGCUAGCUGGCUGUUUAUUUAGCUAACGUUACCUAGUUAUUACGAACGUUAUAGGUUGGAAGUUGGUUGUCCUUGCAACGCUAAAGUUAGCUGCCCACCGACCUAGCUACCCAGCCAGAUAAUUACAACUAUUCACAAAUGCACGAGCUAGCUAGCUACUAGUGAUGUGGUCGCGCAGUAUGGAGCCUUUAGUCAAAAGGCGAAAGAUGAGUGUGACAUGCCAUCUUUAACUUGUCUCCUGAAAGUGUUUGUAAAUAUCUUUGUAAUCCUAGCUAAGGUAAUACUUAUUUUCCAUGAUAAGUCAACUUUGGCUGGCACCACUGUGCUGUCAAAUGAAAUCCGAAAGUUCUAGAACUCCAUGGCUGGCAAGAUGGUUAGUGCCUAGGAACAUACAGCGAGAUGCACACCAUUCAAAUCAAACCAAAUGAAAUGUUAUUUGUCACAUACUUUGUAAACAACAGGUAGACUAACGGUGAAAUGCUUAUUUACGAUCCUUCCCAACAAUGCAGAGAAGGGGGGAAAAGAAAGAAUAGAAAAAUAAUAACACGAGGAAUAAAUACACAAUGAGUAACGAUAACUUGGCUAUAUACACGGGUUACCAGUACCGAGUCGAUGUGCGAGGUAAUUGAGGUAGAUAUGUACAUAUAGGUAGGGAUAAAGUGACUAGGCAACAGGAUAGAUCAUAAACUGUAUCAUCAACGUAUGUGAUGAGUCAAAGUUAGUGCAAAAAGGGUCAAUGCAGAUAGUCUGGUUAACUAUUUAACUAACUACAGUAUUUAGCAGUCUUAUGGCUUGGGGGUAGAAGCUGUUCAGGGUCCUGUUGGUUACAGACUUUGUGCAUCGGUACAGCUUCCCAUGCUGUAGGAGAGAGAACAGUCUAUGACUUGGGUGGCUGGAGUCUUUGACCAUUUUUAGGGCCUUCCUCUGACACCGCCUGGUAUAGAGGUCCAUUCGGGCGUUAUUCGAUUUAUUUGCUAUUUGUAAGCCACUCUGACACAUUUUUCUCCAUCGAGUGAGUAGCCUUCUGCAGUUGAGCUGGCUGCUUAAAGGAAAGGGCUCAAAUCUACCCAUGUAACUGUGAUACUCAUGGAAUUUGUUGUCUGAAUUAGCCUAAGUCCAUUUAUAGCUACAUCUAGACCUUAUGCCAAUGCAUCGUAGAGAAUAGGUGGGUUUUAUCAUUUCACUCCAGCGUUAGGGAAUAGGUAUAACUGUCCACCUUUUAGAUGAAUGGUUGUUAUGGCGCUAUGCAUGGCAUGUUUGAAGAUGACGAGUAGCCUACACUAUACCACUUUAGGCUAUAGAUUUGGUGGUUUUUAACUGGCACUGCCAGAGAACUGUUCAGUUAUCCUCUCUAGCUGCAUCCUCAAUAUAGCCAGGUAUUUGCUUCUAGAACAAGUGUUCCACGCUUGUCAUUGGCUUAAAAAUAGCUGCUCUGCAUUGUCCCACUUACCUACCUUUGCAAUACUCCACCAAAUAACUUUCCAAGUAUCUAUAUUCUGCUCUUGGUACGUGGAAAUAUUAGCCUCAAGUGUCAAAGCCUUUGUUUCCCCUCUCAAAUUUACUGUUUACCGUAUUUGCUUGGGAGUCACGUAGGCCUUUCCCUUUAGGCCGAAUAGCUACAGGGUUAGCCCAGGUCACUGACUGAAGCUAGGCUCUAGCUACUUUAAUUGCAAGGAAUCAUAAUUUGUUAUAUGGUUUACUUCAAUGGCACUAGACAUAGCAAGCAGAUAGAUUGUUUCUGUAAACAGAAUUGUUUUGAAAUUCAGAAAGGGGUAGGUCAGCACUCACAGCCCUGCAUUUAAAAUGAACACUUUGACUUUGAAGGGGCACAGCACGACUCCUCAAAGCCACCACCCUCACACUUUCCUGUCUAUCCUACUCUGUGCAGGAACAAGUAAGCACGCCGUCCUCUGCGCACACUCACCUGCCAGAGGCGGCCAGCCCAGCCGGGACUAUGAGCGAGCGUGGCCCUCGCACUGAGGCCUCCAUGUUUUUCCAGGUGGAGGUGGACCGCCUCGAGCGCGAUGACAAAGAGGACAACGAUGAAGACAAGAUGGCGCACUACGACGACGACAAAGACGACGACGACCUGAUGUCGCCACCCUCGGGCUCCCGUGUCUACGACCGCACUACGGUGCUCAUCGAGCAGGACCCAAUCCGUCUGGAUGAGGAGGGAGAGGAGGACCAUAGACACUGCGUGGGGGACGACGACGGGGGCGCCUUCCUGGUCGACGGGGACCUGGACGAGGAGGAUGAGGAGGAGGGCUCUAUGACCUUCAUGGGCGACCAGGAUGGCAUGUCGCAGGGAUACGUGCAUCACACCAUCUCGCCCGACCAGAUCCAGUUCAUCAUCAACCCGGGGUCCAUGGCCAUGCCGCGCAACAUCGAGGGGGCCACCCUCACCCUGCACUCGGAGUGUCCGGAGACCAAGCAAAGAGAGGUAUGUUGGCUUACGUGCCCCCUCACCACUGUAAUGCAUUGUGUGACACUGUAUUGAGGUCAUACAGCGUGUUUGAGGGUAUCAGUUUGAGCAAGGCGAGGCGCAGAAUCGCUAAUCUUGAUCACAUAAUGUGUAGUCAUUUGGAAUGCAAGGUGGUUUGUAGAUCAGAGAUUUUGCGCCGCCUGACUUAAAUGUACUUGAUCUCAACACGCAAUUAGCCUAGUGUGUUGUGGUAAGUAAAAAUAAUAGAGAACCCGUGUUGAAAGGGAGCAACGUGAGGCAUGAGCAGGGAGAGUACAUUUGCCGGAUGAAUGAAAUGCUUUGAUUUGCCUAGCGAGCUAGGUUCUCCGCAAGGCCUUUCUGCUUCCACAUGGUUUUAUAUGAUAAAUGUUUAACCCCUCCUUCCCUGUGUACAGUACAGCACAGCACACAUAGUAAAUGACUCAGCUUGUGCAGUGUCAUUGUUUGUAUUGUCAUUGUUUGUAUUGUACUUUAUGAUGGCAGGUCUAGUGGCUGCAGACUUUACGCCUAGCUCUUAAUCAUUGUGUAAGGCACGCUGGUCUGCAAAAGAGCACUGUACAAUGGAGCUUGUUGGAGGGUUGCACCUCUAGGCUAUUUCUUCCUAAAAUGCAAAGCAGCACCGUAACAACAGGCUAGCUCAGGGUCACACCAGUGUUCCGUUCAACACUACUCCUAGCCAAUCAUGGUGAGGCCCGGCCAAAUAUUGCACCCUCAAUGCAACAAAGUUCCUGUUUGUUACCAGUGUCCCCCUUUGUCACCAUGUUGGCCACUUGGCCAGUGCCACUAGGGUCCUUGUGCUGUCUUUGUGGUAAAGUGCUCUGCUGGAGCCCAUCCAGUCCACUCCUCCCCCUCCUAGCCUAGCUACUUGCAUGAUGUCAUUGAGGGAGAGACAAUGCAUUUUACUUACUUACAAUUGGAUUUAUGAAAUCUCAUCUACAGACUCUGAGCCAAAGAUGCAAUCACCCCAAAUGAUUGUUCCUCUCCCAACUCAUUUGGCAUCCGUUCAUGCUGCUUCUCCACAAUGUGUCCUCCUUCUUUCCUUUUGACUUUUGUCAAACAUUGCAGAUGUGGAUGCCAAACAUUGCAGAUGUGGAUGCCAAACAUUGCAGAUGUUAAUUUCAAUGUUUCUCUAGACUAGGUGUUCUAAAUGUCUCUGCAACACAAAGCAGUCCAUAGCAUUGCAUUUCAGUAGGCUUUGCCGCAUUCUUACAUACCAUUUCAGUACACUUAGCAGCAUCUAGUUGCAUUCUCUGUGUAGCCUACAACUGGAGUGCUCUUUCCCCAUUGUGCAUGUGGGAGGCGAUGGCAUGCCAAUCUAGUUACCCUCUGUGAUGGAAGUGAUGCUGCAGAAGUUGGGGAGUCAGUCGUGAAGCUGUGGGGGUUGAAUAACAAUACAGUACAGCUAAUCCACUGCGUGGGGUUCAUGUUCAUUCAUCUAUUUACUUCCUUUCCACCUCUCUCCAGUUAGAAAUGAUUUUUAUUUUUGCGCUGUCUUUAUGCACAUUCACAGGACCCUACACACUCACGCACACUGACACCCCAACACACACACACACAUAACAUGCACACACAUUUAAACGGACCCUACACACACGUACACAUUCAUCAUAUACACUGCUACUACUCUGUUUAUCAGACAGUGCAUUCGAAAAGUAUUCAGACCCCUUGACUUUUUCACACAAAAAAAACUUUACAGCCUUAUUCUAAAAUUGAUUAAAUCGUUUUUUUUCCCUCAUCAAUGACAAAGCAAAAACAGGUUUUUAGAAUUUUUAAAUAUCACAUUUACGUAAGUAUUCAGACCCUUUACUCAGUACUUUGUUGAAGCACCUUUGGCAGGGAUUACAGCCUCGAAUCUUGUUUCUCAUGGUCUGAGAAUCCUUUAGGUGCCUUUUGGCAAACUCCAAGUGGGCUGUCGUGCCUUUUACUGAGGAGUGGCUUCAGUCUGGCCGCUCUACCAUAAAGGCCUGAUUGGUGGACUGCUGCGGAGAUGGUUGUCCUUCUGGAAAGUUCUCCCAUCUCCACAGAGGAACUCUGGAGCUCUGUCAGAGUGACCAUUGGGUUCUUGGUCACCUCCCUGACCAAGGCCCUUCUCCCCCGAUUGCUCAGUUUGGCCGGGCGGCCAGCUCAAGGAAGAGUCUUGGUGGUUCAAAACUUCUUCCAUUUAAGAAUGAUGGAGGCCACUGUGUUCUUGGGGAUCUUCCCCAGAUCUGUGCCUCGACACAAUCAUUUCUCAGAGCUCUACGGACAAUUCCUUUUGACCUCAUGGCUUGGUUUUUGCUCUGACAUGCACUGUCAACUGUGGGACCUUAUAUAGACCGGUGUGUGCCUUUCCAAAUCAUAUCCAAUCAAUUGAAUUUACCAUAGGUGGACUCCAAUCAAUUUGUAGGAACAUCUCAAGGAUGGUCAAUGGAAACAGGAUGCACCUGAGCUCAAUUUUGAGUCUCAUAGCAAAGGGUCUGAAUACUUUUGUAAAAAAAGGUUUUUCUGUUUUUUAUUAGUAAUACAUUUGCAAAAAUUUCUAAAAACCUGUUUUCACUUUGUCAUUAUGGGGUAUUGUGUGUAGAUUGAUGAGGAAAAGAAAUAAUUUAAUCAAUUUUAGAAUAAGGCUGUAACGUAACAAUGUGGAAAAAGUCAAGGGGUCUGAAUCAUUUCUGAAUGCACUGCAUGUCUUGAUUCCUAGUCACCUUACCCCUAUGCAUAUCUACCUCUAUCACUCCAGUAUCUCUGCACAUUGUAAAUAUGGUACUGGAACUGACCAUGUAUAUAGUUUACUUACUUUCUCGCGUUCUUAUUUCUAUUUCUCGUGUGUUUUUGCUCUAUCUUAUGUUAUUUUUACUACAUUGAUAUUGAUUACUGCAUUGUUGGGUUUAGAGCUGGCAAGAAAGGCAUUUCACUGUACUUGUGCACAUGACAUUGAAAUUUGAAUGAAUAGCAUAACCAGUCUAGUAUCCCCAAGGGACGGGUUAUGCUGGGUCGUAUUCAUUAGUGCACAAUGUAGCAUAACGUUUUGCAAUGGACAACUUCAGGUAGUCCCUCCCUAUUUCAGUCAGUUUUCUUCAGUUUGGUCCCUGAUGAAUAUGACCUCCGGCUGGGGGGUUCUCCUUCUAUCCUCCUUAAACAUAGCCAAGACAACUGUUGGCCUAUCUCCCACUGCGUCUCUGUUAGGUUCCAGUAAUUUGUAGUCUCAUGCGGAGACUGCUAGCGGACACCAGUUGUCAUGGCUGGAAUCAAUGCUUUUGGAGAAAUAAUAGAGGACCGCUAGCUCUAAAUAAUAACUUGGAUUGGACAGGCUGUUGUGUCUAGUAGGGCCUCUGUGUGCAAUGUGGCCAUCCAGGGGUUACAUAAGGGGAUGUAAGCCAUUGUUGACUAUUUAUUAAGGGAAAAGAGUGUCAUUUUAACGUGGUCAGGGCUGGUUGACUUUCUCUUGAAAUGUUUUUUUUUUUUAACCCCCAGUCUACAAGAGGAUCAAGGCAUUAAGUUAUGGGAUAUAACGCGUGCUCUGAAUAUAGAAUUGUUUUGUGGGGGGGGGGGACAAUAAAGCUUGGAUGGGAAGGCUUUGUGUUAUGACAAUGUAGGCUAGUGUGUUCUAUGGGUAUACGGAGGAGGGGAAAGGAUCCAGCUUUAAUCUCUCCCCGGGGCCUUUUGUGUGAGAACAGAACAGAGCCAUAAGAUUGACUGCCACGGCCGCUGAAUGCGGAGACUGCUGAGUUGAAACACAGUGCACAGCAGAAUCAGUCGGAUGGAAAUGGAUGGGGGGGUCGAGUCACUGAUGACAUGUGUGCUUACCUGCUCAUGCGCUGACGUGUGGCUGAGUCACUGGGUUCAAGCCCCGGGUUCAAGUUCACUUUGAGUCAGUGUGGUGGUUGCCUAUGCGAACGUUGGAAUUGGAAAGGUUCCUUAUAUUAAGCCAUUCAUCUUCCCUGCUCUCUCAUAUAAAAUACUGUUUAAACAGCUAGUUAUCUAAGGACCAUUACUUUGAUUGCUGGCUUUUACCUAAGCCUCUAGAUAGCAGGAAUCAGCCUUUUCACUUUUAUUUUCUCCACAUCAUAUUAUCAGAAAUGAGACAGAAUCACUUCUCCAUAUUGCAAUAUACAUCUAGCCGUGUCAUUGUUGCCUGUGCAAUCAUACCCCAUUUUGUUUUCCUAUUGCCUCCUUCUCAACCGUAUUGGAGGAGGAGAAGGUCCAAGGUCCCUCCCCUCUGACCUUAUUAUCCAAAGUCUUUUGAGAGGCGAGGAGAGAGGUCGCAAAGAAUCAAGGAAAGAUUAAUUAAGAACAAGUAAUUAUCUUCUUGUCUGUCACUCAGGUGAAGAGGUACCAGUGCAUGUUUGAGGGCUGCACACGGACCUACAGCACGGCGGGCAACCUACGCACGCACCAGAAGACCCACCGGGGCGAGUACACAUUUGUGUGCAACCAGUUGGGCUGCGGCAAGGCCUUCCUCACCUCCUACAGCCUGAAGAUCCACGUGCGCGUUCACACCAAGGAGAAGCCCUUUGAGUGCGACGUGCAGGGCUGUGAGAAGGCCUUCAACACUCUGUACAGGUGAGGCUCGACUAACACAAAACUUCCUAGCUGCAUGUCGAAAUAUUCCCAGACAUGCUGACUAAUCGGAUGACUAUCUAUCUACAGGUAACUACCAAAAUAAAGGCAACACCAACAUAAAUUGUCUUAAUAGGGCGUGGGGCCACCACGAGCCGCCAUAACAGCUUCAAUGUAUGUUGGCAUAGAUUCUACAAGUGUCUGAAACUCUAUCGGAGGGAUACAACACCAUUCUUCCACAAUAAAUUCCAUCACACCAUUCUUCCACAAGAAAUUCCGCCAUUUGGUGUUUUGUUGAUGGUGGUGGAAAACUCUGUCUCAGGCGCCACUCCAGAAUCUCCCAUAAGUGUUAAAUUGGGUUGAGAUCUGGUGAGAGAGACACACACCCUUUAAACCCCCUAUGCUUCUUUGAAACCCCGCUUUCAAAGUUACUGAGAUCUCUUAUUCUAGUCAUGGUAGCCAAAAUAAUGGGCAACUGGGCAUUUUUAUAUAUACAUUAUAUAUGACCCUAAGCAUGAUUGGAUGUUAAUUGGUUAAUUAACUCAGGAACCACACCUGUGUGGAAGCACUUGCUUUCAAUAUACUUUGUAUCCCUCAUUUACUCAAGUGUUUCCUUUCUUUUUAUUAUACAGUUACCUGUAUAUGUAGGCCUAUACUAAAGAUGAAUAGAUGAUAGAUGAAAGAUAACAGGUAAUAGAUGACAUAUAAAAUAGAUAAUAACUAAGAUAAUAGAUACAAAGAUAAAACAUAUGAAUAGUAAAGUGACUAUCUAACCUACACCUAGGGCCUAAAAUUUACUUUUUGGUCCACCAUCCACAACCACUCAAUUUUUUACCAUAAAACAACGGAUGACCAUGCUUUUUAAUGUUUCUUAAACAAUAAAUGUAUUAGAAGUAAUGUGGUAUAUUGCUCAAUUUUUUGGGGGGGGUGACCAGUCUUUUAACCAAAAUAUCAGAGACAAAAUGUUCAGCUGCCCCUUUAAAGGUGGGAGGUUACCGUGGUAACGGGUACACUUGAGUCCUGUCACAUGAUUUGGUAUCAGACCAGGGCAUCUCUUCAUAGUCCCAGUAAGCAAAAUGACGUUGAAGUUGCGUUCAAUUUAGGUUCUGAAUGAAAGGUGAAAAUGUAUUUCCCUUAUGUUUUAAAGUAUGAUGAUAAAUACUUAUUUUACAGAUGUUGAAAUCAGGCUAGUUUUUGGUUCUUAAUGAAAGUAGAAAAUAAGUCAUUUAUAGACGUCUAUGUUUGGGCCAAAUCAAGGCUGGUCUAGACCAGACAAAAUCUGAACCAAACAUAGACCGGACCAAAAAUCUAUGUCUGUUCUAAUAGCCAAACUUUUCCCUUCUUCAGUCAGCUGUUCGUUCCACAAAACCCCCCAGCUGUGACAGUUAUUUUAUUUUCCAUAACCAUCAGUUACGCAGUUAUAUGGUAAUUGUGCCAGCCCUAGGCCUAGUUUCUUCAUUCAGUCUGAGCCUGCAUAAAAAAGGAUGUAUCAAAAAAGAGGAUGUGCUUGCUUCUCUUAUCUACAGCACGGUCUGUCUGUAGGCCCAAGCAUUCUGUCAGUUCAUUGUGGUCUAAUAUUGGUAGUAUUGAAGUUGUGUUUUUUCUCCCAAGUACUGAGCAGUGCCUUUUUAUGCAUUGUUGGGUGAUCUAGCCUAAUUGAUAUGGACUUUGUUUAUAGAUUAUCUCCCAAUUUAGUUUUCUAAUUUGACUGUUGAGUUCUGCUGCAUUUAGCUUAUUUGGCUUAGCACUCAAUAAAGACAUUAUGGAUGGAGGCCUUCAGCCAGGCCAGUAGUAGGUUUGUCAGCCAGUGGCUCCAGUGUUGUGACAUUGAACUGAAGGCCACAGAGACGGGAGAUGGUGGAAGCGUGCCACCAUCGACUCCCCUGUCAGGGUCCAUUUAUCAGCACGGCCAAGCCAAUGCCAUGCUGUGUUGUUUCACCCUAAUCACAUUACUUUGCUCUUAUCAGAACCAUGCUGCCCUGUCCCCUCCUAUAAGGGAAACAGUGGCGCUACAUGUCUACUAGAUCAAGGCUAAGGUCCUGUUCAUUAGGCACCAAACAGAAGAAACCAGACUGAAAUAGGGAAGGACUACCUAGACUUGUCCAAUAAGAAUUGCUCAUUUUGGUUUUCCAUUGCUUGCCCUAAUCAACAUGACCCUGGAUUGUGUCCUUAAAGUUUAAAGCAAGAUUAGGUUAAAUUCUUUCCCGAUUUGGGCUCUUUCUCUUGGUGUGCUACCUAAUCUUCUAGGCCCAAGUGUUUGCACAUUAACAGUCUGCUGUGUUGUAAUGUGUGCCAAUGUUUUUUGAAUGUUUAUUUAAUUCAAGACGGUGAGAACAUUUUCAGCAGCUCAAUAUUUUUGCUCUUAUUAAAAUGUCCACUUGGAAGUAGGCCUAGCAUUAAAUAUAGAUUAUUUAUAUAUAUACAGUUGACAUUCCUGUCUUGCAGGAAAUCACGCACAGAACGAGAAGUAUGGCUGGUGGCAUUGUCAUGCUGGAGGGUCAUGUCAGGAUGAGCCUGCAGGAAGGGUACCACAUGAGGGAGGAGUAUGUCUUCCCUGUAACGCACAGCGUUGAGAUUGCCUGCAAUGACAACAAGCUCAGUCCGAUGAUGCUGUGAUACACUGCCCCAGACCAUGACGGACCCUCCACCUCCAAACCGAUCCCGCUCCAGAGUACAGGCCUCGGUGUAACGCUCAUUCCUUCAACGAUAAACGCGAAUCCGACCAUCACCCCUGGAGAGACAAAACCGCAACUCUUCAGUGAAGAGCACUUUUGGCCAGUCCUGUCUGGUCCAGCGACGGUGGGUUUGUGCCCAUAGGCGACGUCUGGUGAGGACCUGCCUUACAACAGGCCUACAAGCCCUCAGUCCAGCCUCUCUCAGCCUAUUGCGGACAGUCUGAGCACUGAUGGAGGGAUUGUGCGUUCCUGGUGUAACUCGGGCAGUUGUUGUUGCCAUCCUGUACCUGUCCCGCAGGUUUGAUGUUCGGAUGUACCGAUCCUGUGCAGGUGUUGUUACAUGUGGUCUGCCACUGCGAGGACGAUCAGCUGUCCGUCCAGUCUCCCUGUAGCGCUGUCUUAGGCAUCUCACAAUAGACAUUGCAAUUUAUUGCCCUGGCCACAUCUGCAGUCCUCAUGCCUCCUUGCAGCAUGCCUAAGGCACGUUCACGCAGAUGAGCAGGGACCCUGGGCAUCUUUUUUUUGGUGUUUUUCAGAGUCAGUAGAAAGGCCUCUUUAGUGUCCUAAGUUUUCAUAACUGUGACCUUAAUUGCCUACCGUCUGUAAGCUGUUAGUGUCUUAAUGACCGUUCCACAGGUGCAUGUUCAUUAAUUGUUUAUGGUUCAUUGAACAAGCAUGUGAAACAGUGUUUAAACCCUUUACAAUGAAGAUCUGUGAAGUUAGUUGGAUUUUUACGAAUUAUCUUUGAAAGACAGGGUCCUGAAAAAGGGACGUUUCUUUUUUUGCUGAGUUUAUAUAUACACACACUACCAGUCGAAAGUUUGAACACACCUACUCAUUCAAGGGUUUUUCUUUAUUUUAAAAAUUUUUUUACAUUGUAGAAUAAUAGAGAAGAAAUCAAAACUAUGAAAUAACACAUGGAAUCAUGUAGUAACCAAAAAAGUGUUAAAUGAAUCAAAAUAUAUUAUCUUCAAAUGGCCACCCUUUCCCUUUAUGACAGCUUUGCACACUCUUGGCAUUCUCUCAACCAGCUUCAUGAGGUAGUGACCUAUAUAUUUUUUACCUAUAUUUACAGUAAGGAAUAGAAUUCCACGAGAGGAGUGCAUCAUUCUUCAAACACUGCUUAACCCUUACGUUUUUGUUUUUAUACUGUAACUAGCCGGUCCGGCCCACUGCUUCCUGCUUCACGAUUGGCUCUCAUUCGCUGAGGUUGAAAACAUAAACAACAGUAGACUACUUCACGUCCAUGCAACUUUUUGGGGGAUUACGACAUGGUUAGAAAGCAGUAAUAAUCAUUUCUAAGCCGUAUUCUUCAAAAAGGAAAUCAAAUGUAUCCCCCAAACGUUACACGUAACUCCUUUAAAUCUUCCCCUUGGUUGAUGAAAUGUGAUUAUCUCCUCUCGGCAGACUGAAAGCACACCAGAGACUGCACACGGGGAAGACGUUCAACUGUGAAUCGGAGGGAUGCACAAAGUACUUUACCACGCUCAGUGACCUGAGAAAGCACAUUCGCACUCAUACCGGGGAGAAACCAUUCCGGUGAGUUCUCCGACACGCACCACUGUGGUUUAUGUUUCACAAAGGGAGAAACAUAAACCACAGUCCUCUGUAGCUCAGCUGGUAGAGCACGGCGCUUGUAACGCCAGGGUAGUGGGUUCGAUCCCCGGGACCACCCAUACACAAAAAAAAUGUAUGCACGCAUGCUGGAUAUAAAGCAAGGACAUUAUCUCCUCAUGUUUGGAUGAGGAUGCCCUUUUAUUGGUAUUAGAUUUUCUAUGCAUAUAAACAAAUGUAGCCUAAUUGAGUGGGACAAAUGUACAUUGAGGGGAUUAUAUUGUUCAUCUGUACUGAUUUGUGAGAUAUAUGGGUUUGUAUUGGAAGAACAGUGAGGGGCAUGACUGUGCUUUGUGGUGCACCAAUUCUUUCUAAUUUCUAUGCACCAGCUUUUCUAAUUUAUGCAUUUUUCUCUACUGCUGUUUGGUUACAUUGACAGAUCAUUUGUGUGAUCUUCCCUCUAGGUGUGACCAUGAUGGUUGCGGCAAGGCGUUUGCUGCCAGCCAUCACCUAAAGACGCACGUACGGACACACACAGGUUCGCUUUACUUAGGCUACUUCUGUUUGGAAAAUACAUUGUCAGUCAAAUCUCAGAAUGACAGUCAACCAAUCAUUCAUCCACAUUCCAUACCUCAGAGACACAGAGUAGUGCUUAAUAUCUCCAUUUUAACAUUUUACAAUAUUUUAUAUUAGGAAAUUAUAGUGUUUGAUUUAACAUAACUGUUCGAUUGGAAACUGUUUGUCAUGCAGACCAAAUAGUAAUUUCCUUUGGCAUACAGUGAAGGUGACCCUCUCUCUUCCUCCCUUCUCUCUCCCCCCCCCCACCACCAAUCCAUCCUUCCUUCGUUCCCUCAGGGGAGAAGCCCUUCAACUGUCCCAGCGACGGCUGUGAGAAAGCAUUCAGCAGCCAGUACAGUUUGAAGAGUCACGUCAGGGGCCAUGGGGACAAGGGCCAGCCCUUCAGUGUCCCCCUCACCCACCCCCUGUCCGAGGUAGGACAUACAUAAAUCAAAGCAUCUAUUUCAGACAGGUCAUGUGUGACUCAUUUUUGGUAAGAGCAUGGCGCUAGCAACCCAUAGCUGUGGGUUCGAUUCCCGCUGGGGCCACCAAUUAGAAAAAGUAUGCACUCACUGUUGGAUAAAAGUGUCUGAACAGAGUGUAUUAUUAACAUGGAUUUGCCUGUGAAGUCAUUUUAAGAAGGUCAGGGUUUUCCUUUCAGGGGUAAACUCAUGUAUUUGUACCUAGAACAUUACGCCUGCUAUCAGUAUAGUCUGUUUUGAUUGUUUUUAUGAUCUAACGUAUUACAUUCUAUCCUUAUGCAUCUUUUUUUUUUACUUCAGAUGGCUUUUGCUCUAGAAAGGAAAAUGUAAUUUGGGCCUAUUCCUCUCUAAUUACAGGAUGCAAAUCAUUCACUGUGCCUCAGUGACUUGAGCCUCAUCUCGACUGACUCGGAGCUCCGAGAAAACAUCCACAAUGUGAGUGUGUGCUUUAUUUCAUCAGCCCUUAUUUGACUAUAUAGGUCCUUCUGCUUUUGUCCAUGUAUGAACAAGAACAUGUAUUUUGUGGUGGGGUACUAUGACAGCAAAAACUACCACAUGUAUUUUGUUUCUGUAUAAAGGAUCAAUAAAGAAUAAAGAUGCAUUGUAAGACAGACAUGUACUAUCGUCUUAAUGCUUUGUUACCUCUGUUACAGUCUCAGAACUUGGACUUGAGCAGUGUUACCCCCGUGAGGAUCUUCGAGCUCAUGUUCCAGAGUCCGGAAAACAGUGUUAGUCAAGACGAUGCCCAUCCUCACGGCAAGUACCCAUCACAAUCUAUAAACUGUAACUCGGGUUGAUUUCAGUGCCUUUUCAUGCUAACUUUUGCUCUUCGUAUUUUUUCAGAGAGCCUUGUUGAAGCCUUUGGCCAGGAAACUGGCCAGUCCACCAUGGGCGAUGGAUCCACCCCCAUCUCCUUCUCAUUCUCCCUCGUCCCUUCCUCCUCAUCCUCCUGUUCCCACUCCCACCCACACUCUCACCCUCACUCCCACACCACCACCACCACCACUGUCCUGGAGGCUUCCUCCCAGCUCCCUCUUAGCCAAUCCCCCUCUUCCCAGACUCCAGCACCUCCUGCCCCCAUUAGUAAUGUUACCGCAGUCAGCUCCACCCAGCCCCCCGCCACCUUCGUACCCUUACCCACUGCCCUGCAGACAACAGACGUGCCUGCCCCGGCUCCAGCCCCCACCACCGCACCCAUGCACUACGUGGCACUGCCCGCCCAGACUGCUCCAAUAGUGCCCUCUGCUGCGCCAGUAGUGGUGCCAGGCCCAGCUCUCUCCAACGCGGCUCUGGGCGCUGUAGUCGCUGCCACAGAGACUGUGCCGCUGCCGGCCGUGGCUCACGCUCACACCGUGCCUUUGGCCAGCAACACCAACCCUGGCCUGGCGCCCCCAGCCUCUGCCCCCACCAUCGCCCCAAGCCACAGCCACACCCAGAGCCUGCUGCAGCCCAGCAUCGUCAUGUCCGACCAGAACCUGCAGUGGAUCCUUAACACCGCCGCCAACAGCCAACAGAACCCAGAGCAAGCGGUAAGAGUGCCGGUUUGACAUGCCGGUUAACAUUUAAUUGAUAGUUUGGUUGGCUGGUGAUGAAUUUGUGUGGACGUCAAUGCUGUCAAUCUUGUUUGUUUCCAGCCACACGGAGGUCCAAAAGUGGAAAAGGUCUUCUUUACCACAGCCAUACCAGUGGGAGGAAAUUCAGGUGAGAUUUGUCCCCUGCUUUUACCAGUGUGAUUAUUGAUAGCAAUAAUGCUGCACUGACCCACAUGAAAAAAUACUACAGUAUACUAUUAUUGUAGUGCUUUUUUUUUGUGGACAUGACUAGUAUACUGUAGUAUUUACAUAGAGGAAACCUACUGGACAAAUACUAAAAUAGCAAAUUUUCCAUAACCUGUAGAUAGGUAGGACUGGGGUCUGAACAGAUAGUUCAGAGCUUCUGCUCUUUUCUAAAACCUGAAGGGAACACUAUAUGUAGGUUUCUCACUUAUGGGUGGCACAAAUUGGGAUAUGGGGAGGGGAACGGGCACAUACAGUAGUUUUGCUAUAGUUAAAGACUAGUGUUUUUGCAAACUACUGUUUACUAUAGUGUUUUACCAUACACUACAAAAUUCUAUAGUAAGUACUGUACAUGGUCAAGGGAUACUACAGUGUGUAGGGUAUUAUUCUACAGUAUAGAAUUCUAUAAUAAGUACUGUAGUAUUCUAUAGUAAACUGUAGAUGUUUUUUCAUGUGGGGUAGCCUACCAAUGUUGAAUGAAUCAGGAUAUUUAAAAAGCACAAACUCGUCAGUCAUGUAGAAAAUUCAUCCAAUAUGAAUGCAUUUACAUGGCACAAUUUCAUUUGAUGUCCCCUAGUGGCAUUUGAUUGUAAUUUGAAUUACAAAGGAUUGGAUGUCAUUAUUGGACAGCUGUCUUGGUCUGUCGUCAUACUGUAGCUCUGGUUUGUGUUCUUUAGGGUAUGUUGUGUUUCAAAGCGUUGCACAAAAGAAAAUGAAAACAGGCUUUUCUUAUUGGAGAGUUCACUCUGUUUUGGACCAUUUUCUUCUGUUUCGUUGCCUAAUGAAAUACAACCCUUUGUUUGUAAUGUGUUACAGGCAACUCUGUCCAGCAGAUCGGCCUCAGCCUGCCCGUCAUCAUCAUCAAACAGGAGGAGUCCUGCCAGUGCCAGUGUGCCUGCAGGGACUCUGCUAAAGACAAGAGCUCCAACAAGAGUAGCAACGCCUCGGCAGCACCGCAACAACAGCCCCCCGCUCCUCCACCUCCCCCCGCUCCCGUAGCACCUCCCCCCGCUCCCGUAGCACCGCCCUUUCCCCCCGUACUCCCCCCGGCGCCCUCUUCCCCCUUGUGCUGCCUCCCACCGCCCACCUCGGAAGUGAACGAGCCCCCUCCUCAUCCCCAAACAGGAGCGGUACUAGGACCAGGUAGCCUCUCCCCCUCAGCCUCCGUACAGACAUUCCCCCCAGGGGUGGCUACGGCCACCACCAACCCCCCUCCUAUCACGGAUGGUUUGGCCACCAUGGACGUGUCGGACUUCCUGUCCCUGCAGAGCCCCGAGAGCACAGCCAACAUCGAGGCUCUGCUACUGGUGGCCAGCAGUGACGACUUCACUAUGGCUGGCGCUAGCAGCACCACCAACCCAUAGUGGACACUCAGGCUUCGUCCCUGUUCUCCACCCUUCUCUUGAAGUGUGCACUUGCACACUCCCAGUCAUGGAUUUAAAAGCAUUGAGUUGGUGUAAGCGUUGGGCAGAGGGAGUUUCUACCAUUGUUCAAUUCAUUAAAGGGAGUGUGCAAAUGCACACUUUGGGAGAAGGAUGUAGAAUCAGGACGCAGCCGCACUUGCCUAUUUACCCACUACGUGUCCGCCUUUCAAGUAUUUUAAGUGAAACUUCAUGAGGGGGCUUAUUUUGGCAAAGCAGAAAAAUGCAUGCCAGUCUAUAAAAGUGUUCUUAAUUGGCUGGCUCUCCAUCAAACAAGACAAUGUCCUAAGCACUGAUCAUUUGAAAGGCCCUAGGAACUAUUGUGUGCUUCUAAUAUGGCGUGAAGCUGAUUCCUGAGAGCAGCAAAACAAAACAUUGUUGUCUAUAUCCAUGUACUGUACAAUAGUUCCUAACUGUAACUAA